AUGUCAUACUCAAACUAUGGAAACGAUGGCUCUUCUGGCCGUGACAACUCUUAUGGGUCGUCUGGUCGUGACAACUCAUCCAGCGACAAUAAAUCCUAUGGCUCAUCUGACCGUGACAACUCUUACGGCUCGUCUGGCCGUGAUGAUUCCUAUGGUUCGUCUGGCCGUGACAACUCCUCGUCCAGUGGCAACAACUCGUAUGGUUCAUCCGAUCGUGACAACACCUAUGGAUCGUCCGGCGGCGACAAUUCUUAUGGCUCAUCUGGCCGUGACAACUCUUCCUCAGGUGGCAACAACUCCUAUGGUUCAUCCGAUCGUGACAACUCCUAUGGCUCCUCUGGCCGCGAUAACUCCUCGUCCGCCGGCAACAACUCCUAUGGUUCAUCUGAUCGCGACAACUCCUAUGGCUCAUCCGAUCGUGAUAACUCCUAUGGCUCGUCUGGCCGUGACAACUCCUCAUCAGGCGGCAACACCUAUGGCUCCUCUGGUCGUGACAACUCCUCGUCCGCCGGCAACAACUCCUAUGGUUCAUCUGAUCGCGACAACUCUUAUGGUUCGUCCAGCGACAACACCUCAUAUGGCUCGUCUGGCCGUGAUAACUCCUCGUCCGGCGGGAACAACUCCUAUGGCUCAUCUGAUCGUGACAACUCCUAUGGCUCCUCUGGCCGCGAUACUUCCUCUUCCGGCAACAACUCUUAUGGUUCGUCCAGCGACAACACCUCGUAUGGCUCGUCUGGCCGCGACAACUCCUCGUCCGGCGGGAACAACUCAUAUGGUUCAUCCGAUCGCGACGACUCCUAUGGCUCGUCCAACUCUGGAAGCAAGAUUGACAAGUUUAUCGAGAAGGCCGGCGAUAUUGCGGGCAAAUUCGGUCAGAGUGGCCGUGAUGGACGCGAUUAUUAA